AAAGCCAGAAAAUGCGGGUGGGAAAGGAAAGGCAAGGAAAGGAAAAGAAAAAGUUUUGCAACAGCCGAUGGGCGGGAAAGUGGGUGGUCAUGUCUGUCUCAAAACUGCACUGGGCAAAAUAGCAGAGGAAGUUCUUAAGUUUGAAAAAGCUUACCGUGGGACAAAAUACAUUACAAAUUUUCUUGCAUACUUUUAGGUCACUUGGCGUCAUUGAGUUAUUACAUAUUUUUGUUUUUUGAGAAUGCGUCAUCUUCUUAACAAAAAGUUCUUCAUAAAUAUAAAGCAAUUAUUUGUUGCUAUUUUUAUAUGUAUUCUGCUUACCUUUCAACAUUUAAAUUGACUUGAAAUACGGUUGACAAAGAUUACAAAAAGCGAGCUAUUUAAGACGAAAAUAUUUUCAUUGGCUUUACGUGCUGGCGCCGUUCAUUAUUACCAAUUACCUUUUUGACCCAAUUUAAAUGUGUGCACACUUUUCUCUCAGUACAGCCGUAAAAACAAGGAGACACGUGUCGCAAGUUUCCUUUUUCAUUAUUUCUGCACUCCCUUUUGCCUUUUUGCUUCGCUCUUGCCCAUAUCCUAUGCAUCAUUCCCUUUUGGGGCGAAACAGAGCGACAGCAGCAGACGGGGAAAAUGGUGGGAAACAGCGAGAGAGACUCGGCUCUCUGUCACUGCAGUAAAAGUCCUUGAAAAGGGGCUGUUUGCUGGGCGGGGAAAGUGGGUGGCAGACAGGCCUAAAUUGCUCUCGUCGGCGCCAACGCAAAAGUUCUUAUGUAACUGCGCCUACACCGAUUUAUACAUACUCCACAAUUGCCCAGUCCAAUUAUUUCGUGUGUAUUCCGAGUGUUAUGCAACGUUUGUGGAAUGCACAGCACGUCCUUCUCUUUCUUCUUCUUCUUCUAUUUGUUGUGUUUCUUUUUUUUUUUUGAAGUGAAUGGUGGCAUGGAAUCUCCAUUUUGUGUCUGGCACUUGUGCGCGUCUUUAUUUUAAUGGACAAGACAAAUUCAAUUUCUCCAUCGCCGCUUUAUUUUGUCCAUUUGCCCGACUUUAAAUGCCUGCCAUUUGUCUAUAUAUUUUAUUCAUCUGCGCAUUUGCUUAUUGAAUUUGCACUAGACACCGGCAUUAACCUUGAGGCCAAGCGAUUAACUCCAGCGACGGAAGGCGACAAUCUUCUUCCCAACGAAUUAGACGCCCACACACGGGUGGAUUCUCGUCUCGUGGGCCAAAAGUUGUUAAUGCGGCUUUUCAGAUUGUGGCUUUAAGAUUUCCCAUUAAUGGUUAUCGUGGGGAAUUAGGGGUGUAGGGGAGUGCCGCCCAUUACAAGAGAUUAAAGUCGGCAACUUUGACAAAUUGUUACUCGCUUUGCUGACAUCUUCCAGUGCGCAUUUGCUCAUUUGUUUCAUUUUCAUUCUUCACAUCGAGAAUCUUGUUUCAUAUUUUUUUCCCCUGCUUAAUUUGCCCACGCAAAAUUCAGCAUUAUGAAUGAAACACAUCGGAUACGGUGGGCACUCAAUAAAUGGGCAAGGUUCGGGGUAAACUAAUAGGCAUUUUAUUAUUAUAUCUAAAUUUAUAUGCUGUACAUGUUUUUGGAUUAGGUUAUUUUACGAUUACUGGACAUUCAAAGCCAUGGGUUAUAGUGAUUAAAAAUCGAAAUAUAUAAUGAGAUCAUACAUAGAUUAAGGUUUUAUCUGCAUUCUUGGACAACAAAGAUUCGAAUAGAAAGCGAUGUGUGUUUUCACUGUAGUGAGAACAUAAUAAAUGAAUGCUUCUCAACAUGCCCCUCCAAAACGUGGGCAAAAACCCAUUUGGAGCCCAAGAUGCGGAUGGCAAUGUGGAAACGGUUACGUUUAUGGUGUGGUAUAUAUAGAUGUGGAUGUUGAUAUAGAAACGGUGGGGACAUACGUACGUAUGUAUGUAAGUGCGCGGGCGGGAUGGUUGGCGGGAAAUGUGAAACACAAUUGCCGCUAAUAACCCAAGGCGUUUAGCAGAAUCAGAAGCAGCGACGUCGGCAGCGGCGUUCUGUUUUAAUCGAAUUUUAUUUGCCGCCGUUAGCCAAUGAAUAAUUCAAAUUGAUUAUUAAAAUGUACGCUCGCAUGUGCGCCAGUGUUGGAGUGUGUGAACUUCGGUGGGCGUUAACAUUAACAGCAUUAGGAUGUGGAUGUUAAUGUGCAUGUGGAUGUGUGAGAGCGGGCUUUCAUUAAAACCGUUAUCUAUGCCAGACGCACGCACCAGACGCAGACGUGCAUAAAUUAAUUACAAUUACAGUGGAGAGAUGGACAGAGAGGCACGCACACACACAGACAGUUCCUGUUUUGGAAUUUUUUUGGCGGCCUGAAAAAAUGACUUGUGGAAAAACCCCCUUGAAAACAAAUACCGUUAGAUCCCAAUUGAUUAGAAUAUGGUAUAUUAAAACGUAAAUAUUUAGUUAAAGGAACAUUUGAAUACAUUCCUGUUACAAUUUAAAAUUACAGUAGUGUUGAUAAAGGUUGAAAAUUAAAGUCCUUUUACAAUUUAUAAUCACAGUAGUAUUGAAAUACGACUACAGUAUGGUGAAAAAUUGUUGCUGUGCGCCAGUUUGAACAUUUCAAACAUUGGAUAUAUUGGGCACUUCGUUGGGUACGCUAAGCAAACGCAGAGAAAGUCGGAAACUUUCAAGGAUUGAAACAAGGCCAAAGGCAAACAAGCGGAGGCAAGAACAAAAAACAAGGGUUUACCCCAAAUAUUAUGUCACAUUAUUGGCCAUAAAAAAAAGCGUCAGCAAAAAGAUAAACAACAACAUGCGACAGAUGCAGAGCAGUCGGGGAAAGUAUGUUAACUUAUGGCUGGGCUUAGGCCAACAAAAAAAACAACGACGAACAAAAACAAAGGCAGACAUUUCUCUUACGUCAGAGAGUCUGGCCCACACGCACACAUGCUCACAUGCAGACAGGCACACGCACACUAGGGCACAAACGGAAAAUGAGGUUAUUGCCAAUCCCGUCUGCAAUGCUCGAGUAAACAUUUUAACCUAAUUUUUUGCCACGGGAGCGGGACGAUUUGGGGGCUAUACAUUCACAUAUGCAUGUAUUUAUGUAUGUUUGCGAGCGGAGACGCCCCAGACAAUGUGAUGCGAUAUUUUCUGGUGCCUCAGAUUACCCAAAACGAAGGGAAAUAUUGCAAAAACACCGAAACAGUGUGGCGUCCAUAAUGCAAACUGUGCAUCUGAAAAACUAAAUUUAACCCUUUAGUUCAAAUAUCAUUGGGAAGAAACACAAGUAAAUGUAUCUGAAUAUUAUAGAAAGUUAUUCAAAAAUCCCGGGCAUUACAAGGGUGCACAUUUAUUCGGAUUAUUAGUCCCAUAAGUUUAUUCACAGCAAGUUUAUAGAUUAACCUAAAAUGGCACUAAAAAAAUCUACCAUUAAAAAUACUUACUGCUGUUAAAGUUCAUAUGUACCAACUUUAUGGGCCGCCUUAAAAUGGUAAUAAUGUUUGUACCCAGAGAAAAUAGUUUCUAUUAAAACUGGGAAAUUUCGCGCCAGCAUAAAAACAUUAUUAGUAUAGUUAUGUGGUAACUCUUAGUGCAAGUACACAUUACGAAAAAAAAGGAAAUUUGUACAUUAACUUUUGAAUAUUAUACUAUGAAUUAAUGUUAAUAUGUAUGUGUCUAGGCAGAAGCAACGAUUAGAAAAAGUGUGAAAACUGAAAAUAAAUUCAAGUUAAAUACUUUGGCUUGUACAAUCAAAUUAUAAGGAACAUGAUUGCCCACAGAGCUCUUACCACAUAGUUUCACCAGUUUUUAAUUUACAAAAUUGCAUUUGCAUAUUUGUAUAAUUUACAAAGUACGCGGCCCCCCGACGUCGCCGAAAAUAAUUGUGUGCUCUAUUAUUUGUUGUUGCCAGCGCAGAGAUUUGUCAUUUCUUUCAUGCUCGCUUGCACACAUCAAUCGCCAGGUGGUGUGGUGGGGCAUUAGGGGGUUAAGACACACGAAAAAAAAUAAAUAAAAAGUAAUGCAAAAAUGUUUGAAAAAGGUGGCCAACGGAAUGUGGAGCAUGCUGAGUUAUGCGAAUCGUCUGUGCAGAAAACAUACUGUGUAUAAAUCGUGCACAUAGGAUAUGCCAAAUUGUUACUGAACAUAACAUGCAUCCAAAUUUAAGAAAAUUCAUUUUUUUAAUUGUACACAAACAAAAAAGAUAUGCAACACAAAUCUUUUUAAAAAUUACCCGAUAUUCAAAAACAGUUAUGCACUACUAGCCACUAUUUUGUACUAAUUAGAAUGAGAUGGAGCUGGGCACACUAAUAUAUUCGAUAUAUCGCUUUUACAAAUGAUGCAAACAAUAAAAUAUAGUUUUUUAUAAGACAUUUCUUCCCUGUUAUGUAAAAUAUCUUUGUUGAAUACUAUAAGAUACUCUUUGACCAGUUCUACAAAAGUAGCAUCACGACAUGAUGUUUAUUUUGUUGAUCAACGUCCUUAAAGUGACGUCACAAACUUUUUCCCUGCGCCACCUUCCCAAUCGGUUUCAUCUUUCCCACUUGGAAAGUUACUUCAUUUCGCUUGGGAACUUAAUUAGCUUAUUUAUUCUCUCUUAAUAUACUGCAAUGCCUAGAAUGAAGAGUAAAAAUGCACUCAAUCAAAAGAAACCUGUAAAACUAAGUCUGGCCGAGUUUCACAAUCAGCUGGAUAAAAUGCAAACUGCAAAGACUUGUGAAAAGACGAGCGCGGAGAGCUGUAAACAUUUUUUCUGGAAUGGCAGUGGAAUAGCCAAUGGAACUCGUGGUCGUGGCGUUUGUUGUGAAAAGCUUUCAAUAGUUGCCCAAAAGGAGGAACGUGCUAUAGUUCAGAAUGGAGCCACUACCAAAGCGAGAGGGGUAUUUCAAAGUACCGUGAAAAAUUUGGCACAGCAAAAGAAUCAUUCAGAAAAGUCGGAUAAUUCCAAGAGUGCGAAUCAAAUCGUAAAACCCGAAAACAGCGAUAUGAAAAUAACAUUACUGCAGAGACCUAAUCCCCAGGAUGCAACCCAAGGACGGAGCAAAAAGCGAGUUCGAUCCGCUCGCCGGAUUCCCACGCCGCCAAGAAAGGUGCCCAAGGAACUGGAAGAUCUGGAUCGCAUGACUUCAGCGGAUUUUCGGCACGACACCGCCGCUCGUCUGGAUGUGAUGCGAAACCGGCAGAAGGAUCAGGAACACAUGUACUUCUUUCAAAACGUCAUCCAUCACCAACGGCAUCUUAUCAAGGAUCGCACAAUCCUGGUCCUCUGCUGUGGCACUGGAACACUGGCCCUUAUGGCAGCCCGAAUGGGAGCAAAACGUGUGUACGCCGUGGACUACUCGAAGGUGACUGGAUAUGCAACCCUGGUGGUGCGCCAAAAUGGCUAUGAAGGUGUGAUCACGGUCAUGAACGGUCGCAUGAAGGAUCUCAAACUCCCGACGAAAGUGGAUGGCAUCAUAUGCAACUGGAUGGGUUACUGUUUGCUCUACGAAUCGGAGAUAUUGGAGGUGCUCGAGGCGCGUGAUCGCUGGCUAAAGAAAGGCGGCUUUAUUCUACCCGAUCUGGGUGCUCUCUAUCUAGCUGCAUCCGAGGAACACAAACUGAAGAGCGACAGAUGCAAUCAUUGGCGCAAUGUCUACGGAUUCAAUAUGAAUGCCAUACGUCGAUAUGCGCUGGCUGAACCUUGUGUGGCCCUAACGACCGGCAAAAAACUUCUGACGAUGGCUCAUUGCGUUCUCAGACUAGAUUUGAAAAGAGCCAGGAGAGGGGAUCUGUUUAUAGACCGAAACAUUAGACUAAGUGUCAGUAGAGAGGGAUAUCUCGAGUGCUUUCUUCUCUUUUUGGAAGUGCAGUUUAGUAGUAGCUUAAACUUUAAGCUGAGCUGUAAUCCCUGUUUAAAGUCGCCCUUCAAAUCGCUUUGGAUGCAAUCGGUGCUCUUUGUGGAGCAGCCCUUUGUUAUGCGAAAAAAACUUCACUACACGGGUAACCUGAAGUUCAAGACACUAAAACCGAAUAACUUCAACGAAAUGGAGAUAUGUAUUGAGUUUUACGAGGGUAGCGAGUACGAUGACGAUUGGGUCAUGUGCACACUGCGGGUGGCCAAAAGAUGGCUCAUGCUGGAGGGCUUUCAGACUUUGAGCGAUGUGGAGAGCUGUCAGGACGAGCAGGGGGAGACUGGUGACCUGUACCUUUAGAUGCUAUCGGUACAGACGGCCGGCUGCGCGGGAAUGGAGCGGCUCGGCGUUCCGACCCGCACAUCUUUG